AGGAGAUGGAGAGAGAGGGGGAGGGAGGGGAUGGAUACUUAGUGCUCCUGUGCAGCUUGGUUCAUUUCUGCACUUUAUUGUCCCGCUGCUGCCUGCUACCUCAGAUUACUAAAAACAGACAGAGACAUCUAGACAGCACUUCUACUGAAAGGGAGAGAGAGAGAGACGGAGAGAGCUAAAGAGAGAAAGAGAGAUAAAGAGAGUGAGAGGUAGAGAGAGAGAGACGGAGAGAGAUAUAUAUAUAUAGAGAGAGACGGAGAGAGACAGAGAUAUAGAGAGAGAGAGAGACGGAGAGAGAGAUAGGGAGAGAGAGAGAGAGAGAGAGAGAUAUAGAGACGAGAGAGAGAGAUAUAGAGAGAGAGAGAGAGGGAGAGAGAGCUAAAGAGAGAAAGAGAGAGAGACGGAGAGAGAGAGAGAGACGGAGAGAGAGAAGAUGACCAUCAACACGCUGACUAAAGGAGGAGCUCAGAGGGAGCAGAUGUAUUGCCUCAGAAAGAUGGAGAGAGUGAUCGUAGCGAUGCAAGAUCCUGACAUGGGGAUGAAGAUGAGAAACCAGAGACUCCUCAUCACCGUUAUUCCCCAUGCCAUGACCGGUAAUGACGUCAUCGAGUGGCUGAUUCAGAAAUACAAUAUAACAGAGGAAGAGGCGCGCCACCUGGGAGGACUCCUGGUGCAGUAUGGGUACAUCUAUCCUCUGAAGGAGCCACGCUCUCUACUACUGAGAUCUGAUGGCUCGCCUUACCGCUUCCAGACUCCAUAUUUCUGGACCAGUAGCCGUUGGCCUGCCUCAGAGCUGGACUAUGCGAUCUAUCUGGCUAAGAAGAACAUCAGGAAACAGGGAGAGCUGGUGGACUACGAGAAGGAGAACUACAGCGUCCUGAACAAGAGGAUAAAUCACACCUGGGACUUUGUGGUGAUGCAGGCUAGAGAACAGCUCAGGGCCUCUAAGCAGAGAAAGAAGGCUGACCGUAUCGUUCUGGAGUGUCAGGAGCAAGCCUACUGGCUGAUCAACAAACCAUGUCCGGGGGAAUUUGACGUGUUGGAUCUGGGACCUGAGAGAUGCAACGUCCAAAGCUCCCGAGUCACACUGAACACUGACCACUACAAGAGAGAGAUUGAACACAGUAGAAGAGCUCUGGGGAGAAACCGUGUCAAGUCCUCAAUCUGUCUUGAGAGCUUCAUGAAGUACAGUGAGCAGUAUCUCCACCAUGACCCCAUCAUGUCAGGCUGUCUCCCUAGCAACCCCUGGAUCUCUGACGACACCUCACACUGGACCAUCAACACUGACAUGGUGGACACUCCAACCAGGCUGAGAGUGGAAAGGUGGAGUUUCAGCUUCAUGGAACUUCUGAACGACUCCAUGGGAAGACGAGAGUUUAUGAUCUACUUGGAGAAGGAAUUCAGUGCGGAGAACCUGUGUUUCUGGGUGGCUUGUGAGGACCUGAGGCAUGGAGAGAGCUCCAAGAUCAUCCAGAAGGUAGAGGAGGUUUACAAGAACUUUCUGGCGCCUGGUGCAGCCCGCUGGGUGAACAUCGAUAGUCGGACCAUGGAGAGAACACUGGAGGGCAUCAAACGACCUCAUCGAUUCAUUAUGGACGACGCCCAGAUGCACAUCUACUUCCUCAUGAAGAAGGACUCCUACCCCAGGUAUCUGAAGUCUGAGCUGUAUAAGAACAUGCUGGCCCAAGCCGUCGUUCCCCAGGAGACCAAGAAGAGUGUAUUUCCCUUCAUGAGGCGACAGCGUCACUCCAGCCCCUCUCCUGCCAUGGUUACCCAGGCAACAGAAGAUGAUGGAAAGGCUAAAGGGGCGGGACCAACAGGAGCAAGCUCCGCAACCAACUCUCAGAUCUGAUCGCCAUGGGAACACCACAACCACCAUGUUCAUAACGACCAGAUCUGGUCACCAUGGGAACACCACAACCACCAUGUUCAUAACAACCAGAUCUGGUCGCCAUGGGAACACCACAACCACCAUGUUCAUAACGACCAGAUCUGAUCACCAUUGUAUCACUAUAGCAACCAUUCAUGACCUUAGAUCUACUUUUAGUAGUAAUACUACAGUCUAGUAGUUAUAUUUAUGAAUAUAGAAUUAUGGGUAUAGUUUAUAUUAUCUUCUAGAAGUAAUACUACAGUCUAGUAGUUAUAUUUAUUAUAAUAAUUAUAUUUAUUGUAAUUUAUUAUAAGUUAUAUUUAUGAAUAUAGAAUUAUGGGUAUAGUUUAUAUUAUCUUCUAGAAGUAAUACUACAGUCUAGUAGUUAUAAUUUAUUAUAAUAUUUAUAUUUAUUAUAAUUUAUUAUAAGUUAUAUUUAUGAAUAUAGAAUUAUGGGUAUAGAUUAUAGAGACAAUCUGAGACUGAAAUAUUUCCACUAUUCAAUUAAUGUAGAUUUAAGGCCAGUUUAUUUAUACUUGGUCUAAUAACAUGUUUAUGGACAAUUAUAACGUGACGCUGGUCAAAACAAACCUUUAAUUUCUACUCCUGUUAGAAUGUCUGUAGACUGUCAAGUUUCCUUUGUUGCAGAGACACACGGGGGAAAAAAAAGUUCCCGUCUCCAUGGCGACUGUAGCGGUCCGUUGUCGCGGUUACCGAACUGCCACGGCAACCAGACCAGAAUCCUCCUGUGACCAGAUGAUGCAGUAGUUCUAAAGUUCUCAGAUAGAAUGACAGUAGUUCUAAAGUUCUCAGAUAGAAUGACAGUAGUUCUAAAGUUCUCAGAUAGAAUGACAGUAGUUCUAAAGUUCUCAGAUAGAAUGACAGUAGUUCUAAAGGUCUCAGAUAGAAUGACAGUAGUUCUAAAGGUCUCAGAAUGACAGUAGUUCUAAAGGUCUCAGAAUGACAGUAGUUCUAAAGUUCUGAGAUAGAAUGACAGUAGUUCUAAAGUUCUGAGAUAGAAUGACAGUAGUUCUAAAGUUCUGAGAUAGAAUGACAGUAGUUCUAAAGGUCUGAGAUAGAAUGACAGUAGUUCUAAAGGUCUGAGAUAGAAUGACAGUAGUUCUAAAGUUCUGAGAUAGAAUGACAGUAGUUCUAAAGUUCUGAGAUAGAAUGACAGUAGUUCUAAAGUUCUGAGAUAGAAUGACAGUAGUUCUAAAGUUCUGAGAUAGAAUGACAGUAGUUCUAAAGUUCUGAGAUAGAAUGACAGUAGUUCUAAAGUUCUGAGAUACAAUGACAGUAGUUCUAAAGUUCUGAGAUAGAAUGACCUGGUUUUUAUUUCGUCACUCUGGAGCAGUCAGCUAUUUUCUGUCAGCUCACAAUUUUCUUUUAAAUAAUGAUGUUGUGGGUUUUAUGUUCCUGUAAUAAUGAAUUUAAAAAAAAGUAGUAAGAUUGUU